CAAACUGAGAGGCCGAGGAAGUCCAUUUCUCAUCAACCUCUUGACUUCUGCCUUUGUCCAAUCCUAGUCACGCGUUUCUAUUCCGAACUGCAGCUAUACACUUGACUUUUGGCUUGUCUUCCUGAGCGGUCCGGAAUAACUUUAUAAAAUGCCAGGUCCGGGGACUAAUACCCAUUGCUUGCGUGAUGUUUUUGUGCCCCUUCUCCGGUUUUUGUCUCUUGAUCUCAUGUGCACUAUAUGUUGCUGCUGUGGCGCCGGCAGGGUCCUGGGAUGCCUUCAAUUAUGCCCCGCGGUCAAGGACCGUCUUUCCUGUACAAGUCGUCGACAGUGUCGGGGACGUUGAAGUCACUGUUGAAGACGCCACCAAUUCUAUGACAUUAGCCAGUCAAGGGUCAUACAUAGCCCUGGAUUUUUUGAAAGAAGUUGGCGGUUUACUAUCUUUCACCGUUGACACAGCUAGCGAAAACACAUCUUUGGCGUUAUCUUUCUCAGAAUCUCCCUUAUUCAUCAGUCCUCAUCAAUCCGAUGACUCUUGUAACCCAAGCCCCCUCAUGAACAGUGAUGGAGCGCAGAUACUUUUCCUCCCCGCUCCAUCAGGGAAAGUGAUGCAGACGAUAGCACAGCAGAGAGGUGGUUUUAGAUAUCUAACAAUAGCUACCACAUCCGGCGAUCCUGUGUCAAUUUCCGAUGUGCAGGUCAAUAUCACCUUCAUGCCGCACUGGGACGAUCUCAGAGCGUACUCGGGGUAUUUCCUUACGGAGGAUCCGAUAUUCGAGGAUCCAGAUUUUUUAACAAAAUUGUGGUAUUCUGGAGCUUACACUGUUCAGACGAAUACCAUCGGUCCGAAUCAAGCCCGAAGCUGCCCAGAUACCGGUGGCUGGAACAAUAGUGCGAAUGCAGGACCCGUAUCUGGACCAGUCCUUGUUGACGGUGCAAAGCGUGACCGAACCGUUUGGCCUGGCGACAUGGGAAUCUCAACGGAUACCCAGCGGGUGUCAACAAACGACCUUCUACCCACAAGAAACUCCCUCACUGUUAUGUUCUCUACUCAAGAUCCUUCUACGGGCUCUCUUCAGUAUUCCGGUCCACCCAUCAAUGCUCACGGAAGCGAUACCUACAUUUCCUGGUCACUCAUAGGUGCAUACAAUUACUUCCUACACACAGGUGACCUCGAAUUCAUCCGAACAAUCUGGACAAAUUACACAUAUGCACUUGAUUUCCUACAAAGCCAGGUUGACAAUACUGGUUUGAUGAAUGUACCUUCAGGGUUCGCGAAUGAUUGGGGAAGAGAGGGCGGACAAGGUCAUAACUCUGCAGCAAAUGCGCUAUUGUAUAGGUCUUUGAUUACUGCCGCAGACCUUGCGUCUGAACUAGGAGAUUCUUCGCUUUCAGCUGCCUACCUUGCCAAUGCGUCUGCAGUGAAGUCUGCCUUUAACGAAUUACUCUGGGACUCCUCGGCUGCCAUGUUCCGUGAUAACGAAAUAACAAGCCUACACCCCCAAGAUGGCAACUCCUUGGCGGUUCUCUACAAUAUCACAGCCAAUGCCAGUCAGAAUGUAGCCAUCAGUGAGGGUUUGACAUCGUUCUGGACACCGAUAGGCCCUCUUAGUCCCGAACUAAGUGAUACCAUCAUCCCAUUCGUAGGAGGCUUAGAGGUCCGAGCGCAUUUCGUCGCUGGGCAGGGAGAACGAGCGCUCAAUCUGCUUCGACAAGAAUGGGGCUACAUGCUAUAUACUAAUAUAUCAGUGCAGUCUACUCUUUUGGAGGGCUACACCGCUAAUGGUUCAUUGGGCUACCGGGGUGCGACAGGUUACAACUUUGAUCAUGCUUUUACUAGCCAUUCCCAUGGCUGGUCUACUGGCCCCACUUCCGCGCUAACAUUCUUUGUACUUGGGCUGACGCUCACAGGCCCGCAGGGUUCUAGCUGGUCGGUAGCACCCGUGCUAAGUGGGCUUCAGUCGGCUGAGGGUGGAUUUGAAACGUCUUUGGGCUGGUUUGGAGUGAAGUGGAACGUCUCAUCAACCAAUGACUUCACGCUGGUCAUCGAAGCACCCCUUGGUACUGUAGGUACCGUGAGGCCCCCCUCAUCGGCAGAUUUCACCGUCGACGGUGAAAGCGUGUCAUCGACAUCAAUGUCUGAUGGCCACCCCGCCUUUCGUCUUGAAGGAGGAAUCCAUACCCUUAUCCAAUCCCUGUAGAAGACGAUCUUGGCGGUUUCAAGGAACGUGUAACGUCGCUCAAUCACUUGUACUUUCGAUGCUUGUAUAACUAUUUUCUGAGUAACGCUAGUAUCAGGUCUCAUUGAAUGACACAUAUAAUUAUGUUGUAACGGUGAAAAUACUUGACUCAUACAUACAAAUGCAUUUUAAUGGUACAGAAAGAGGUAAAG